AUGAGAAAGUUUUUCCAAUUCCUGCUGUUUAUUUUCCUGAUCAGUGAUGUAACAGCAGACAUUCUUAAAGGAUCACCACCGUUUUUUGCUACAAGCAGUUCUUCUUCUAAAUUAUAUGUAAAUGAAUUCGAACACCUUACUCUAGAAUGUAACGCUCAAAACUCUGACCAGAAUGUUUGGUUUAGAAAUAAUGAGGACACUGGUAUACGAACUAAAAUUUUUUUCAAAGAGUCAGUUACAAGGAAUGAUUCUGCAGUUUACAAAUGUUUGGCAUCUAAUGCUAUAGGAUCUGUUUUCUCUAUGGAAACCCCUGUAAUUGUACAAUAUGUGGAGGACUUUGAUACUUCUUCAACCUCAUACUCUGUUUCAUCUUUUGUUGGUGGUUUUAUUCAUCUGAAGCGCCCGAACGUCAUUUCUAGCGAAGAGUUGGACAUCGAAUAUUCUUGGAUAAAAAACGAAGAGAAGAUUAAUCUAGAUAGCUCACAUUAUAUCACAUCCAGAGGGGAUCUUAUUGUUACCGAUGUGAAGAAAAAUGACUUUGGAACUUAUCAGGCUUUGGGUGUGACAAGCAAUUUUGGAGACAUCAUAUCAAAAGACUAUUUAGUAGUGGAUGAAGAACAUAGUGAUCAAAACGUUCCAUUCCGUAUCCUUGCUCCACCAACAGAUCGAACGAUUUUAUUGGGAGAAGAUUUAUUGAAUGAAACAUUCGACUGUGUAACAUCAUUCAGUUCCGACUAUGUUAUCCGUUGGUUCAUAGAUGGCUCGCCUAUUACAUCCAAUACUGUUGGAGUUAAACUGAGUCAUAAUAACCGAAAACUGACAUUUAUAAACUCCAGUGGAUUCUCUUCACUUGGAAAAGGAACUCAUAAUCUCCAGUGCAAGGUUUCCGCUCGAUCUGGUAUAUUAUUUGAAGAUUCGACAGCAGUUUUAAUGAUCAUAGAUCAGCCUGUAAUUGAAGCGAUUCCAUCUGAAAUACAAAAGCCUGUUGGUUCGAGUGUGUCUAUUCGCUGUAAUACUGACAAUCUUAUAUCUAAAAUCAGAUGGUUUUUCAAUGGAAACAAGAUACCUUCAAAAGGGAAAUCACUGACUAUUUCUCCAAUAUCUGGGGAAAAUUAUGGAAUUUAUCAGUGUGAGGCCAGAAAUGAGGCCGGUACGGCACUCUCAACAACUUGGUUAAAAGAAGGCGAAGACUCCACCGAAGGUACUAUCGUGUUUGACCAACCUGGAGAUUCCGAACCUACAGGGUCUGAGCCGGUAAUUGUUGAGGGACCUUCGUCAGCUACUGUUCCAGUAGGUUUGGAUGAAUUCUCGUUCAAAUGCGUGGCUGAAGGCGAUCCUUCACCAAGUUUAGUAUGGAAGUUUGAAGAUAAUGUUAUAUCCAAAGAGAACGAAAAAUACAAGAUUAAAGACAAUCUUAUAGUCAUACAUAACAUUCAAACCUCAGACACUGGUCAGUAUUCCUGUAUAGCCCGAAAUGUUCAUGGAACGAGGUCGAAGAAUGCUUUCCUUUCUGUAUCUAAACUGAACCAAAAACUACUACUCCAUCCACCAACUAAUCAGAGUAUGUUAAUUGGAACAAGUCUAGACAUACCUUGUGAAGUGCAUGGUGAUUACCGAGAAGAUGCUAGCACUACUUGGUUCUUUAAUGAUGAAGUAAUAGAGAACACUGGUAACCCCACACUUCGACUCUCCUUGAAUAAGAGAAAAGGUCUUCAUAUAUCCCAAGUUGGGCCAGAUAGUAUUGGAGAAUACAGAUGUGUUGUAACUCUGGGAUCAAAGUCAGAAAGUGCUUCAAUGUGGUUAGAGAUCAUAGAAAAGCCAAGCAUGCCAAACGGAGUUUCAGCUGUCUUGGUCAAUGACACUCUGCCCGCUAAAAUCCGUGUUGAUUGGGAGGAAGGGUUUGAUGGAAACUCUCCAAUUAUUCGAUAUAUCAUUCAAAUGCAUACGUUGGGUCAAACGGAACUAUGGAGCGAUUGGGAAACAGUUGGAGAAACAGAUCCAGCAGAAAACUGUUGUUCCUUCGUGUUAGAUAAUUUGAAGCCUUCCGUUACUGCUGAAUUUCGAGUGAUAGCUGCCAAUAAGCAUGGUGGUGGCAAACCAUCGUUAUCAUCCGAAAAAGUUACAAUGCCUCAACAACCUCCUGCUGCUGCUCCAAAAAAUGUAGCUGCCCAACCGAGAUCAUCGAACAGUAUAGUUGUACAGUGGCAAAAACCACAAGAAGAACAGUUCAGUGGGGAUAUUCUGGGUUACAUUAUACGCUAUCGCUUGUUCGAUUAUAAAACUCUGCCAUGGACAGAAAAGAAUGUCACCACACCAGACGCACGAAACGCAAUUAUUGAUCAGUUAAUCACUUGGCAGUCUUAUGAGAUUCAGGUGGCUGCGUAUAACGAAAGAGGAUUAGGUGUCUUCAGUAAAAAUAUUCAAGUUUCUACGCUAGAAGGAACACCCACACAAGCACCAAAAAAACUCAAUGUACAAGUAAUAAGUUCUACUUCUGUAGAAAUUUCUUUUCUUUCCCCAGAUCAACAACGUAUUCCAGGAGUUAAUCUUGGUUAUAAGGUUCAACUGUGGAAAGGUGCUCCCGAUGAUAAAGCACCAUAUAAGCAGAUUAUCCUAGACCCUAUAUCCCGUUCUAUGAAAGCCGUUAUCGAGGAACUUGAAAAAUUUGGACAUUAUAAUCUUACGGUUUUAUGCUUCACUCGUGAAGGAGAUGGACCUAAAACUAACCCAGUCCCAGUCAUUACAAAAGAGGACACCCCAGAUCGAGUGUCAUCUUUGACUUUACAUGAUGUUAUGUAUGACGGGGCCACCGUUACCUGGAACCCACCUAUCGAAGCUAACGGAAUAAUCACUCGAUACAUACUUCGCUACUGGAACGAUAUGACUCCAGAAGCUAAAACUUCGAUGGAGCUUAGUGGUGAUCAGCACAGUGCUGUUAUCACUGGUCUUCAACCAACAACCAAGUACUCUGUUGAUAUCUUUGCUUCAACAUCAGUUGGUGAUGGGCCUAGAGAUGAAUCCAAAUUUGAAUCAGGCCGCCCACCAGUUCUACCUGGUCAACCUUCUUCUCUUUUUGUUUCUGAUAUUCAAGCUAAAUCGGUGCAUCUGAGUUUCAUUCCCGGUCAUGACGGCUUUACGGCAAUACGUCAGUGGAUAGUAGAAGCGAAAGUUAUGGACUUUGGAGUUUAUUCGACUAUUUUCAAUAUUAGUGCUCCUAAAGCUAAAUCUUUUGUUGUGAAGGGUUUAAGACCGUACACACAGUAUCAACUGCGUCUUAUAGCAGUAAAUGUCAAAGGGAAAAGUCCUUCAAGUGAGCCUACUAAGAUGUUUGAGACGAAGCAAAUGGAACCAGAGAGUUUAUCAUCUCCCCUUUUCGCUGAGCCUGUCUCGGCUACUACCAUUUCCUUAUCCUGGACACCACUUCUAGCUUCACAAUGGAACGGUCAACCGAAAGGUUAUUUGAUUAUGUACAGAGCUAAAGAUGAAGAAAAUUGGAAAGAGAUAAGGGCUGCAUCUGUUCGUGCCAGUGAUUUCGCGCUGUCUUCUCUUUUGCCUUAUACUGUGUAUGAAAUUGAAUUGUUUGCUGAAAAUAUGGUUGGGCGAAGUUCUUCCACAGGAAUAAUCCAAGCCAAAACCUAUGAAAGUGUUCCCUCGCAGUCACCAGAAAAUAUCCGAGCUGUUAAUGAUGUCCUCCGAACUGUAAUUGUACGAUGGAAUCAAGUACGAGAUGAGAAUAAGAACGGGGAAAUCCUAGGAUAUACUGUUCGAUUGGUACCAGAAUCAGAUUGGUUACGAUCUGAAGAAACGAGAGUUUUCGAUGUGCCCGGAGCUAACAACACCAUGACAAAAAUAGCGGGGUUGAAAGCUUUCACUAAAUAUAAUGUUCACGUGUCAGCCUAUACUAUUGUGGGUAAUGGUAAAGAAAACUCGCAACCACCUAUGUUAUUGACUGAGGAAGACCUUCCUGGGCCUCCGUCAGGUGUUAGCUUUUCAUUUGUUAGUGAAGACCAGGUCCGACUAAAAUGGAUGCCACCUGAGAACCCAAAUGGAAAAAUCAAUGGGUAUGUGGUUUCUCAUUGGAUAACUUCCAAAGGUUCGGCAUCAUCUCAUCGUGUGACCAUAGCAACCUUGGAUAUGUUCGCCGCAACAGAAUUGGAGAAAAAUACACAAUAUUCUUUUUCUUUGGCCGCCAUAAACUCUGUGGGUACCGGACCAGAAGCGCAUGUAGAUGUGUUUACAUCAUCAGUACGACUCCCCGUUCGAGUUCCGCCUAGGCCAGUCCGAGAUGACAUGGCUAAACAAACAUCCACGCAAGUCUCAAUUUCAUGGGAUAGUUCUUCUUCCGCGAAAGGAGAUGAGUUCGAAGAAUCACCUAUUCGUUCUGUACAAAUUGAAUAUCAAAAAGCUAAUGAGGAUGCUUGGAAUCUUUUCACUCGUUCUGUUCCAGGCGAUAAAACAACAAUCACUGUGAACAGAUUAUCGCCUAAUACCGCUUAUCGUUUCCGUAUAAAGUUUACUGGUGAUUUUCAAUCCUCUUCUUGGUCACCUGAAUCAGAUUGGUUCCGAACUUUACCAGCAGCACCGACGGCAGUUCCUCUUAAAAUAAUUGUCGUCCCUUACGACUCGAGCAGCAUAUCUCUACAGUGGGCCACUCCAGAAAAGAAUCAAUGGAAUGCUGACGCUAUAGGGUAUCAUAUAUCUUACAAGGAAUAUCCUUCUAAUGAAAGUUGGCGAAGUGAUGAUCUUCCUGCACAAACGAAUCGUCAAGAUACUGAGCAGUACAUACUUCCAAAGCUCGAAAGUUUCCGUCAUUAUAUUGUUAGAAUGAGUGUAUACAACUCCGAAGGGGACGGUCCUUUCUCGGCCCCCUCGUUCAUUUAUGUCGGAUAUUCAAUUCCCAAGAAAAACGUUACUGGUCUUAUGGGAGAGGCAAAAACCCCCUCUUCCAUCACUUUACACUGGGAUGAAUGGUCUGAUGAUGGCAGUGAUUACAUAAUAGGAUUCAAGGUCCGAUUUGUCUCACUGGACUCAGUUUUGUCAACUAAUCAGGAAGAAGAGUUAGUUGUGGUUGAGAACAACAGUUGCACUUUGAAUGAUUUGAAAAAGUUUUCCGAGUAUCAAAUAUCUGUAUCUCCAUACAAUCGUGCUGGCGAAGGAGGGCGAACGGCAGUCCGUGUUCGAACUCGAGAAGAUAUUCCUGGACCAGUUAACAACCUGCACUUCACUGACGUGUUGUUAAACAGUGCAAAGAUAGUUUGGGAUACACCUGCUCUUCCCAAUGGCUUGAUCACUAAGUAUACUGUUAAUUACAGAUCGGCUCGAGACAAGACCGGAAACAAUAAUGAAGUUCAAUCCGCUACCAAUAAUUUAUCCUUCUUUGCUUCUAAUUUGAAAGAAGGGUCUGAAUAUAUUUUCACGGUAUGGGCUGAAACAGCAGCUGGUCGAGGUACUGAGACUAUUGCUAACAUCACUGUCGGCCCUAAUAUCUCUGGUCCGGCUGCCCCAUCUUCGCCUACUGUAGUACCUGGCCAAUCAUCAGUAACCAUUUCUUGGAAAGAAAUGUCUCAUAGAAAUAUAAUUGGUUAUCUCCUUCAAGCCAAAAGAGUCUCGAAUGCUGUUCUACAUCCUGGAACUUCUCAUCGUAGAAACAAAAGGUCUAUUCAACCACAUACAAUGGGCGAGUGGGUGACACUGAAAGUUAUAGAUAGUGUGAUCAACAAAUAUGAAAUUAGCUAUCGUGAGUUAGAGCCUUCAAGCCAAUAUGUUUUCCGCGUAUUUGCUCGAGAUGAGCGAGGCAUAGGUUACCCAAGCAAGCAAUCGGAUGAACUCGAAGUACCUGCAUCAAUUCCUGAUGAUCCAUUUUACACGUCUUGGUGGUUCAUAGGGCUUAUAGCGAUGUCAACUUUUGUAGUUAUUGUAGUGGUUAUAGCAUUUCUGUGUGUAACAGGGUCUCAAGCUAAAUUUAAAAGAGAAAAACGGAACUCUGUUGACAGUUUGCAGCUUGCUGAUGGUAACUUUAUUAAUUAUCAAAUGAAUGGUCAUCGCGGCAUAAAUAGAAGCAGGAAUGAUUUGAUCACGAGACCUGGAACUACUCAAUCUUGGUUAUCGGACAAAGAUCCUCCGGCCUAUGGAAGCGUUUUAGGAGUGGAUAGAGAGAGCACGGCAAACGGUGGAAGCGUAGUUAACAUGUACGGCUUAGCGACAGAUGUUAUGCCUCAGCCUCCGAACCAGCAAGCGAUGCAAAGAUUAUCUGCUUUGGUUGGGCGAGACAAUCGAGUAGGUGGCAGUGCUUAUGUCACUAAUUCCAUGAGACGUGAAUCUCUUGGAAAUCCUGAAUAUACGUCCAGGGCGGAUCAUAUGUCUCGUAGAAGCGAUUAUGGCUAUAGUAGUCGGAUUGGUUAUGGUGCAACACCCUCACAUCAUCAAAGCGAAUACGAAGAUUCUUUCGAAGAUGAUGAUCCUAGUGCUGAUGAAGCUGAGAAUAAUGAUAUUGCAAGCCAUUAUGGAGAAAUCGAACAAUACAGAGACACUUGGCGUAGAGUGCGGGAUUCCGAUGUUGUCCGAAACAAUCCUGAUGUCAAGGUCCUCCAGCUUUAA